AUGCCCGUCAGCUUCGCCUCCGCCUCCGAUAAACAACCCACCUCCCAAAACCCAUCCGAGGUACGCUCCACAGGCAACGCAGGCGCCGCCUCCCUCGAAGCCACCAACUACCUCCAACAAAAUGAAAUAGGCGCUCGCACACACAUCGAUGCCUCGAGCGAUGGCGUCGUCUCUGCUCCGCACUCCCAACAGCCCGCCUUGCCAUCGGGAAAUGCACCCAGUGCGCGCCAGUUGACGAAGGACGAGGCCGAUCGGUUGUAUGAGGAGAAUAUCGAGGAUGAAUAUGCAAAGCGCGAGGGUGGUGCUUGA